AUGAGGAUCCUGAUGUCUCUGUUGCUGCUGGUGCUGUUCUGCUCUAUUCAGCUGACGUCAAGUGCUCCUAAUGCACUUGAAGCACAAUCAUCAUGCUGUUUCCAGUUCUAUAAAAAGAAAAUUCCUUUGAACCUGGUGGUGUCUUUUUACCAGACCAGAAGCAACUGUCCCAUAUCAGCUAUUGUGUUUCGAACAGCUGCUGGAAGGGAGUUCUGUGUAGAUCCAAACAGCAGCUGGGUGAACAGCCAUAUUGCAAAAAUGAACAGCAGAACAACCACAGCUACUACAGCAAAGACUCUAAGCACUACAAGCUGGUGCGACCAGACAAACAACGCUCACCACAAUCGACCCUCCUUCACUCCCCCUUAUAGGUAUACCUACUUCACCCCAACAAUCCACACCACUAAUCCCUGCCAGUCUCCACCACCCCUCAAAUUCCAUGCCCAUCCCAGCAACCAGUCCUCCCAUCCUGCCAAAAGCCUGAAACACACUGUACGAUUUUCGGCUGUCCCAGAUGAAAGACUGGCAUUGUGA